AUGUUCCCUUUGACUGCUCAACUAGUAGUUCUCAGUUUUAUGCUGGCAGUUGCGGAGUUCUUCUAUGAAAAUGGUGAACAUCCGCGUGUUGACGCCUUUGCCCAAAUCGCACAUGCAGCUGCCAAUGACCCUGACAUGGAGCGUAUUGCUACCCUGGGAAUUGGACUAGCCAUUCGUGAAAUUUGGGGAGUUGAAGAUGCAUACUUUGGCCUUUCUGGAUCUCCUACUACCGCAAAAGAGGUCACCAGUGUCAUCGUUUCGGUCGAUCCAACCGUUUCCACCACUAAGAUAUCAGCUGCUCCCACCGAAACUUCCAGCGAGACCUCGACUAAUACUUCAGCCACCGUUACUCAAGUCACAUCCUCCGUGGAAUCUGCUCAAACUUCCCAUGGCUCCUCUACCGAGGUCGUGGUGACUCGUGUCACCUUUACCACUGAGUCCAGGGGCACAUCCAAAGUCUUCAUCACCGAGACAUUGACUGAAACAGAACCUUGCAGUGAGGGGGCCACGAGUACUCCGAAUGACUCUAUUGCGACCUCCACUUCAACCUCGGCCCCUGUUAGAGAGACACUUACGAAGAUUGAAACUGAGACUUUGCCAUGCUCGUCUCAAUGUGCUUCUACCCAUACGAUUGUGGAUUCCACCACUACGGAGGCGCUGAAGACAGGCACUGCUCCGGUUUCAACAUCAAGCCCUUUUAUCGCCGUUUCUCCAGUCGGAACUGAAACUCUGGUGAAGGCAGGUUCUUGUGAGGACUCAGACCUGUGUACUUCCAAGAAGACGACCUCCAUCAAGGUCACGUCUUCCUUGACUCUGGUACAUACAGCUAUUGGCACACAGACAUCUUCCGGCGCAGGCUUCUUGCUCACUUCUGGACCCGCGUCCUCAAAAGGGUCAGUGGAAAGCCCCCAGACUGGCACACACACUGCUACCGCUAGUUCAAACCACCCUGGUGUUGGCGAACAUCAGCCUUCCAGUGCCAGCUCUGCAACUGUCGUGCCUCCUACACCCAACAAGGCGGGCGUCACUUCGACUAGCACGGCUGCUUUCAACGCUGGCAACGAGCUCGAAAUGUCGAAUGAGCUCAAAAAUCUCAUCCUGGUGGUGCUUGCAGGCUUUGACAUGCUGCUGUGA